AACAAAAAAGUUUUCAAUAACGCCUCAAAGCAACGCGCAAUUUUUAGCCAGCUAUAAAAUAAUAAAUACUUAUUUCUGAAAACAAAAAAAAUAUUCAAACACCGAACACCCACAUAUUUGGAGCUGCAGUCAGCCACCCAGUCUACCCAUUAGCCAGUCUACGCUACGCCACGCCGCGCAUGUUUCAUAAUCGCAUUUUAAUGGGCGUUGCGCACGCGCCCGGCAUACGUCUGCUACGUCGAAGCGCCGAAGCCGCCAAAUUUCUAACCGUACUUUUUCUAAUUUUGACUCAGAAUGUCUCGAGCUUUAGCUGCGCCUCCAAUGCUAUUAACACCGCCAGCGAUGGCUACACGAGUUGGGCCUCUACGCAGACAGGUGUAGUUGGAAGCCCAGCAGCAGCAGCAGCAGCCGCCGUCGACAUGCAUCGCUUGGCAAAACGAAUGGAUUUGGAGCUAUGUUUGGGAAAAUUUGAAAUCCACAAAAACACGAUAAUUCGCACGGGCGAAUCUCAAACGCUUGGUGGCAAGUACUUGCAAGGGCUGGAGCUCGACACCGCCGAGGAAUGUCAACGACUCUGCUGCGAAACGGAAUCUUGUGACGUUUACGUGUUUGAAGACAAAAGCGAUGGCUAUUGUUAUCUUUUCGAGUGUGGCCCACCCGAGAAUUUCCACUGUAAAUUCACACGCCAUGCCAACUACACCAGCGCAGUUCUGACAGUUGCGCGACAUUUGACCGAAAUGACUACGACGAAACCCAGUGUGUCACACGCCAUUUCCACCAACAACAUUUCCCAGCAAGAGUGGGAACUGGCUAGUUUAAAAGUGAAACCAGAAACGCGUGACAAAGCAACAGUCGCAGGAGGAACAGGUGGAGUAGAGGGUGCGGCGUCCGGCAUGUCAGCUGCAGCCAUUGCUGUCGGUGGCAGUGCCAAUGUGGCGGCAACGGCGGGACCGGUGCCGAUGCUAGGCGUGGAGAAAAUACCACCAAUGAGUGUAGCUUUUCCACAAAAAGUUUACCCGGCGCAUUGUGGUCGCUUUCAGUUUACUUGCCAUUCGGGCGAAUGCAUUGCAGUCUAUAAUGCUUGUGAUGGUAUACCACAAUGUGAAGAUGGCAGCGACGAGGGACCGGAAUGUUCUGCUGCAACCUCAACUGCGAAAUCCAAUGCCGAUGCUGCAUCCUCAAAUGCAUUGGAAGCAAAUAGUCAGAAGAUCGCCUCAGUGGCCCAAUAUCAGCCGCCUCUUCUGCAACAAACGGUGCAACAACAAUUGCAGUCUGUACAUCAAGCGCACCAACAACAACAACAGCAGCAGCAGCAAUCAGUGCCACAAAUGUUACCUGGUGUUGUACCACCACUCAUAAAUAAUCGCGAGGAUCCUGGGGCUUGGGCAAAUCGCAAAACAGCAGCCUCGGAACGCAGUCACGCCGAUCAAGCAACAAAUGACGUGGAAUUAAACAGUCGCAUCUUUAGUCACAAAGGUGGCAUACAAGUGCCCACUACAGGCGUGAACGCCAACAACAAUCCCAACAGUGUAUUGGUUAAUUCGUAUGGUAAUACCAACAGCAAUAACAACAUUAACAAUCCGAGCCUCAAUCUGAAUCCGGUGUACAAUGCGGCAACAUUGCAACGUAGCGGUAUUUACGUGCCUCAAAUGGCUGAUUUGGCAACGGGUGGUGUUUAUAUCCCGCAACAGCAACAACUACAACCGCCACCGUCACAACAGCAACAACAGCAGCAGCAGCAGCAAUAUGUGGUGCCACAGGGCCACAUGAUGAUGCCACCGAAUGUGCAGUGGCAAAUGCAACAACAACAGCACCAACAGCAAGUGGCGCCUCAGCAGCAGAUGCAACAGUCACCGCAAGAACAGCAACAAACACUGCCACUCCCUCUGCAACCGGGCCCAGCUUACAUAUUAAACACAGCCGACCAGCAAAAACAACCAGUGGCUCCGUCAGCUGACAACAAGGCAACCGCAGUCGAGGUGGGGCCUGCAGACAAGAUAUCGCUACAGCAGCAAUCGCAGGCAGUCAGUUCGCCACAAUCAAUAAUGCAGCAAUCAACGGUGCAUGUGGCCUUAUCAGCGGCGGCACCGCCAGCCGCGGCAAAAUCGAAUGUGGUGCCAGCGACGACGUUACAAAAGUCAGACGCCAACAAAGUGGCCAGCAAAGCUGCUGAAACGCCAGUGGCGCCCGAGGGUGAAUACGAUGACUAUGAUGAGGAAGAAAAGUCAACAGAACCGCCAAAAAAGAAACACAAACACAAGAAGUUGGCCGGCAUACCCAAAGCCGAUGCGAAGAAGAAGCAACAAUUGGACCCAAUCGAGUUGGCGCUUGAAGAGCAAAGACAACGCGCCCCUGCUCCCUCGCCCGUGCAUGAACAAUACAAAAUGAUACACGAAAAUCUCGGCUUGGAAUUCCGCGAUCACGAUGGACAAUCGGAGCGCCCAGGCGGUGCCAUGCUCUCGCUGACGCUUGGUCUACUGGUUACGGCGGCACUCGCCAUUCUAAUUGGCUGCCGUAUGCGUACCGUCGGUCGGCGCACGCGCCGCAUGGGCGGUAAGGCGCCUUAUUCGCAUGAAGCAGAUUUUCUGGUGAAUGGCAUGUACUUGUAAGGCAACUUAUGUUGUGGGGAGAGGGAGUGAUACAUACAUACAUACAUACAUACAUACACGUGUGUGCAUAUGUGUGGUUGUCACUCCAACCUACUAAUCUAGCGCGGCUGUGGUGAUUCUAACAACAACAACAAAAAACAAAACUAAAACAAUUUCUUUAAAAUAAAUACGUAUGUGAAUUUCUUAAGCUGCAUGUAUACACACACACACACAUACAUGUGUGCAUGCCACAAAAGUGAACAUAUAACCUGCAGGGAAAGACGAGGUUAGUGAAAGAAUUUCCAGCCGUAGUGCGAGUAUUAUUUCACCACCAAAAUGCAUCGGUUCGCGGAAGAGAGCCUAAA